AUGCCAGAACUGAGCCGGGCCUAUGUGGAAUGCGUUUGGGCCGGGCCUAGGUGGAAUGCGUUGGGCCGGGCCUGGGAGACGAGAACUGCAGUGCACUUUGGUGGUUCGACGGGGUACGGCCACGACGACGCCGGCGGCCGGGAGGCGCUCGACUCCGUCUUCGCCCACGUCGUCGGCGCCGAGGCCGCCAUCGUGCGCCCCCAGUUCUUCUCCGGCACGCAUGCCAUCGCCUGCGCUCUGUUCGCGCUGCUGCGUCCCGGACACGAGCUCUUGGCGGUCGCCGGGCCUCCAUAUGACACCCUGGAGGAGGUCAUUGGGAUCAGAGGUUCGGCCAAUGUAGGAUCGCUUAAGGACUUUGGAGUUACAUACCGAGAAGUUCCGCUCGCAGCAGAUGGUGGCCUUGACUGGGAUGCUCUUGCGUGUGCCGUCGGACCAGAGACCGGGUGCGCGCUCAUACAGAGGUCCUGCGGUUACUCGUGGCGCAAGAGCCUGGGCGUAGCUGAUAUCCGUAGAGCCAUUGAUUUGAUCAAGGCAAGAUUAUAUCAUAUGCAAAAUCCAAACUGCAAGGUCAUGGUUGACAACUGCUACGGUGAAUUUGUUGAGAUAUCAGAGCCUCCAAUGGUGGGAGCAGAUCUGAUUGCCGGUAGCUUGAUAAAGAACCCCGGUGGUACCAUCACGCCUUGUGGUGGCUACGUUGCUGGGAAGAAAGAUUUGGUUGCCGCAGCUGCAGCUCGCCUAUCCGCACCGGGCCUUGGGGUGGAGUUUGGGUCCGCACCUGGACAUGUUAUGCGAGCAAUGUUUCAGGGCUUGUUUCUUGCUCCGCAGAUGGUUGGAGAGGCAGUAAAAGGUGGUUUGCUAAUUGCAGAAGUCAUGUCAGCCAAGGGCUAUAGAGUUCAACCACUUCCAAGGGCGCCACGCCAUGAUAUUGUGCAGGCAGUAGAGCUUGGCAACAGGGAGAGACUCAUAGCAUUCUGUGAAGUUGUCCAACAAACCUGCCCAGUAGGAUCAUUUAUUAAGCCAACCGCUGGGGAAACUCCUGGUUAUGCUUCAGAGGUCAUUUUUGCUGAUGGGACAUUCAUGGAUGGAAGCACAAGCGAGCUAUCAUGUGACGGGCCCUUAAGAGAUCCAUACGCUGUCUUCUGUCAGGGAGGAACGCAUUGGACACAAUGGGCUCUUGUCCUGGGUGAAGUUCUCAAGGUCAUAUAG